AUGCUAUCUGCUAGAGAUACUAUUCGACAAUGCAUUAGGAAAUGCAUGACUUGUGCCAAGAUUAAAGCUCAAAGCGCUCAGCACAUGUUAGGCUAUUUGCCAGCUGCACGAGUAACGCCAUCCCAACCAUUUCUUAAAUGUGGCGUUGACUAUGGUGGCCCUUUCUCCAUACGGAUGUCAAACAGCUCCAGAGCAAAAACCUGCAAGGCAUAUCUAUGUCUAUUUAUGUGCUUUUCAACUAGAGAAAUUCACUGUGAACUAAAUAGUGAUUUGUCAACAAAUGCCUUCAUAACUGCCUUUAAACGUUUUAUUUCACGUCGCGGUAAAUGUUCUGACAUUUACAGUGAUUGCGGCACUAAUUUUAUUGGUGUGAAGAAGAAACUUGACGCACUUCAUGCAUUAUUCAAAUCACCAAACCAUAACGAGAAAAUAGGUCAUUACUUACCUGAUGAAGGUGUCAACUGGCACUUCAACCCACUAGCUGCUCCUCACAUGGGAGGCAUUUGGGAAGCGGGCAUCAAAUCUGUAAAAUUCCAUCUUAAGCGCAUCAUAUCAAACGUAAUAUUAACUUACGAAGAGUUGUACACGAUCAUAGUGCAAGUUGAGGCAUGUCUCAAUUCUCGUCCUCUCUCACCUCUGUCAGGUGAUCGAAAUGAUCUUUCAGUGCUCACACCAGGACACUUUCUUGCUGGUGGUCCUCUAAACGCUGUUCCAGAAACAGAUUUUACAUCUUCUAAACGCAACCAUCUGACACGCUGGCAGUUGACGCAACGUCUAUUGCAGCACUUCUGGAGACAUGGACAAUGGGCUAUGUUGUCCAAAGAAAUUGGACCUCUUGGACAGCCGUUGUAUGAAAAGUUAAGCGAGGUUAUGCUAGGGAUACUGACAAACCCAAAUAGUAAUGCCACCUGUGAGCGCAUAUUUAGUCUUGUUCGGAGGAACAAAACUGUUUUCAGAAGCUCUAUGAACAUAUCGACCCUGCAAGCAAUUCUCAUUGCAAAAUCUCAAAUUACUGAUGCUUGUUACUUGCAAAAUUAUGAUAAGGAGUUUUUGAACAAAGCAAAAUCAGCUACAACAGUUGCAUAA